AUGCAAGGAUCACCCAGGAGGCGCUUAGCAGUGAAUAUUUUUAGCAAGUUUUUUCAGGGCCGGAGACAUUCUUCUUCUGAUCCUUUUCUCCGAGUGCUUCAGAGGCGACGGAGCUCAGUUGUAGAGGUCCUCUCGACUUCUACCCACAGGGUUAUGGUGGCCAUUUCCUCUGUAAGCCCUGAAGAACUAAAUGCUGCUUUCCAUGAGAGAAAAAGAAGAUCUAGACGUCCAACUGCAAAAUAUACAAAAGUUGGAGAACGCCUUCGUCAUGUUAUUCCCGGUCAUAUGCAGUGUUCCAUGGCAUGUGGUGGCCGUGCUUGCAAAUAUGAAAAUCCAGCUCGGUGGAGUGAACAAGAACAGGCUGUUAAAGGAUUAUAUUCCUCCUGGAUAACAGAUAACAUACUGGCUAUGUCUCGACCCUCCACAGAUCUGAUUGGGAAAUAUAAUAUUAUUGAACAGUUCCAAAGAUGUGACAUAAAAACAGUAAUUAACCUUCAGCGUCCCGGGGAACAUGCUAGCUGUGGGAAUCCACUGGAACAAGAGAGUGGUUUCACCUAUCUUCCUGAAGCCUUCAUGGAGGCGGGAAUUUAUUUUUAUAACUUUGGAUGGAAGGACUAUGGUGUAGCUUCUCUCACUACUAUCCUCGAUAUGGUCAAAGUGAUGACCUUUGCCUUACAGGAAGGACGAGUAGCUAUUCAUUGUCAUGCGGGACUUGGCAGAACAGGUGUCUUAAUAGCUUCUUACUUGGUUUUUGCAACACGAAUGACUGCAGACCAAGCAAUUCUUUUUGUAAGAGCAAAAAGACCUAAUUCUAUUCAGACUAGAGGACAGUUGUUGUGCGUAAGGGAGUUUUCACAGUUCUUAAUUCCGCUCAGAAAUGUUUUUGCAACCUGUGAGCCCAAAGCACACGCAGUAACUCUUUCCCAGUACUUGAUCAGGCAGCGGCACUUGCUGCAUGGAUACGAAAGCAGACAUCUCAAGCAUGUGCCAAAACUUAUUCAUCUUGUUUGCAAAUUGCUCUUAGAUUUGGUUGAAAACCGGCAGGUGAUAGAGGAAGAAUUAAUAGAUAUGCCAGACCUGUCAGCUGAAAUUGAGGAGACAGUUUCUCAGUUAGCUUCUACGGAGCUUGAUAAGGAGUUAACAAGACAAGACAGUAGUACUUCAGAGCCAUUCUCUCUCUCAGGAUUAAAUCCUCUUCAUCCCAGGGAACAUGAAUUUGGUCCUCUUUGCAAAACAAGGGCCUCCGAUUACUUUUUGUCUCUUAGCCGUUCCAAAAGGCGCCUUAGCUAUAGUGAAUCAGAUUUAAGAAAAGCUGCAUUUAUCGCUGAGCAAGGAGAAACACUAUGGUCCAUGCCUGUACAAGUGCCACCCUGUAACAAAUCAAACCCGCCAAGCAAGGUGGACCACUGUGAGCCUCUUCACGUUGAGCUAAACCAAGAAGUCUUAAUUCGUAAUACAUUUACUUUCUCAACUCAGGGAAAAUUUAAUCCAGGUAAAAAUGAAGACGAUUCUUCUUCCUGCCAUAGAGCUAGACAUACAAAAAGAAUACUGCGUAGUAAAACCUUUUCUUCAGGCCUUGCAUAUCAUGGGAAAGAAAAAAAGGAGGAUGAGGAGGAAGAAGAAGAAGAUGAGGAGCUAAAAGCAUUGAACUAUAGUUUUGUGAAAAGGGAUAUUUAUGGUAGAAAAAUAUCAUUUGAAGAUUCAGACUCUUCUAAAGCAGAAAAUGAGAUCUAUGAUAUCAGAGAUCUUUCGGAAACAAUCCCCCAUAUCAUUGUGCAAUCAGAAUUAACUCAAGAAGCACGAAGAAUUUUGGCAGCCAAAGCUCUAGCAGGUCUAAAUGAAUUUAUGGAAGCAGAAGAAAUGAAGUCUAAAGUAGAAAUGUGGCAGAAAGAGCUGAAUACUCAGAAUGGGGCCUGGGAUAAAAUAUGUACUGAGAGGGAUCCUUUUAUUCUCAGUAAUUUGAUGUGGUCCUGGAUAGAGCAACUUAAAGAACCUCUUCUAACCAAAGCUGAUGUUGAUGUGUUAGCAAAAAAUAACACAGAUUUUCAAGAAGCAUUCAAACUACUAGAAAAGGGAAAAUAUCACACCAUACUGUGUAUCUUAAACUGUGUGGUGAAUUUGGAGACAAUACCAACAGAUAUGGAAGGGCUGCUUCUUAAUCGUGCCAUUAAAGCAUUCACCAAGAUGAACUAUGAUUCUGAAGGUGGAUCAGAUGUUUACAGCAUUUUAAAGAAUGUUUUCAAACAGAUACUGGAACACCAAAGACAAUAUACCAGUGAAGAAACGGAAAAGCUUUUAUAA